UGACAUCACCGAAGAGGAGGGGCGGGGGGAGAGAGAAGGGCCCUUCCGGUUUCCACAAGGAGGCAGGAAGUCGCGGCAGGAUGUUGGGAGAUUUGCUGCUCUUCGGGACGCUGCUCGCCAACGCAGGGGCCGUGCUGAACUUCCGGCUGAGGAAGAAAGACAGCCAAGGCUUUGGCGAGGAAGUGAGGGAACCCACAACAGGUGACAACAUCCGGGAGUUUCUGCUGAGCCUGCGCUACUUCCGGAUCUUUAUUGCCUUGUGGAAUAUCUUCAUGAUGUUCUGCAUGAUUCUGCUAUUUGGAUCUUGAAAACCUUCGGUGGACUGAACUGGUGACUAUCGGUGUUGCAUUUUUGGGAAUUUGUGGGUAACAUCCAGCCGGAAAUACUGCCUUCCUGUGAUGUAGGAAAACACUGCUGUUUCUCCUUGAACAUUAAAGGAAUGCCUCAAUUGCUAGUA